AUGCUAUUCUAUGAUAAUGAUUAUGGAAAGAAUGAUGGAGCAUUUGUUGAAUGCAAAUUUUGUGGGAAGCCAAGGUAUCAACAACACAAGAUAGGAGCAAGUUCUAAAAACCAAGUUCCUGUUAAAUCCAUGUUCUAUUUUCCAAUAAUUCCAAGACUCCAAAGAAUGUAUGCCUCAAAAGAAACUACAGCAGAAAUGACAUGGCACCAUCACAAUAGGUCGUCAAAUGGGGUUUUGCGUCAUCCAUGCGAUGGAGAGGCGUGGAAGCACUUUGAUAGAGUACAUCCUGAUUUUGCCAUUGAGCCACGCAAUGUUCGACUUGGUUUAUGCUCUGAUGGUUUUAAUCCAUAUGUUCAAGCGUCAAAUAUACCAUAUUCAUGUUGGCCAGUAAUUGUGACGUCGUACAAUCUUCCUCAAGAUAUGUGCAUGUCUAAACCGUACAUGUUUUUGACUUGUCUCAUUCCGGGGCCAUGCAAUCCAAAGGUAGGCAUUGAUGUAUACCUAGAGCCCUUGAUAGAUGACUUGAAAAAGUUAUGGAGUGGUAUCCUAACAUACGAUAUUUCAAGGCGACAAAACUUUAUCAUGAGGGCGAUGUUAAUGUGGACAAUUAAUGAUUUUCCUGCUUAUGGUAUGUUGUUUUUACGAAAUGAACAUGCCUUUAGGAGAAAUAGGAAUGCUUUCAAAAAGGGGGAAGUGGACAUGGAAGAUGCGCCACCUUAUUUGACGGGAACUGAAGUUUGGAAUAGAGUUAAUGGUUAUCCUAAAGUAACGCAAAAUGGUGCACCACCAAGAAUAGAUGGAUAUGGUGAGUGGCAUAAUUGGACGAAAAAGAGCAUCUUUUGGGAUCUACCAUAUUGGAAGGAUAAUUUGUUAAGGCAUAAUCUUGAUUUGAUGCAUAUUGAGAAGAAUUUCUUUGACAACAUUUUUAAUACCGUGAUGAAUGUCAGUGGGAAGUCAAAAGACAAUGAAAAGGCCCAAAUGGAUUUAGGUUUGUAUUGUAGACGAAAAGACUUGGAGCUCAAAACUCAUAGUAAUGGAAAGAUGUUCAAGCCAAAAGCUAAUUAUACACUUUCAGUAGACCAAUCAAAACAGGUCUAUCAUUGGUUGAAAGAUCUUAGGAUGCCUGACGGAUAUUCUUCUAACUUGUCGCGGUGUGUUGAUGUGAAUAGGGGAAAGGUCAUUCGGAUGAAAAGCGAUGACUGCCAUGUGUUCAUGGGAUAUGCUAAACGUUCAGUUAAGAAUAAAGCUAGAGUUGAAGGAUCUAUUUGCGCAUCAUAUUUGCACAAAGAAACAACUCAUUUCUGUUCCCACCACUUCAAGAACUUUAUGUUAACACAACAAAGAAAUAGAAAUGAAGUAGACAUUGAAAUUGAAAGGACAACAUUAUCAGUGUUUGACCAAGCUGGUCGUCAUUCCGGGAGGGAAUCAACUCAUUGGCUAAGUGACGAAGAAUUGAGAUCAGCUCAUGUUCAUGUCUUGAUCAAUUGCAAUGAAGUUCAACCUUAUCUUGAGUAA